CUGUGGAUCAUAAAGUGGGAAGUGAGAUGGCAACGGGGAGGCUGUCAUUUUCUUACGGUUUAGAUUUAACUUGGGAAAAGUUUUGUCAGCUUAUUUAUUAGAGUGCCAUAAAGACCCGUAAACGUUCUCCACCAUUACAUUGACAAUACAGUUGGUUUAUUUGCUAAACCGCUCCUAUUUGUUGACUCCAGUAGAAGCAGGCCGGGAGCUGACACUUUGGGCGCCUCGCUCACCCUGCUGUGCAACUGCGACUAUGCGGGAAGCCCCCUGAUCUUCAUAGAAGCGGGACCAUGUGGGCGUCGUGCUGUAACUGGUUGUGUCUGGACUCGGGCAGUGUGGAGGACAGCAGUGCUCCGAGAGAGGCCUACUCAAACUCGGGCUACAGCAGCUCCCCCUCCCCCCCCGGCCCUGAGCACCUCUGCACGGCCUGCGGGGGGCGCUUUGACUCCCUGGCCCGCAAGCACGUGUGCGUGGACUGUGGGAAGGGCUUCUGCGGCCGCUGCUCGGUGGAGACGGAGCCCCGCCCUCGGCUGUGCCUCACCUGUGGCCGUUUCCACGGUACCCUGUUCCAGCGGGCGGAGCUAAUGAAGCUGAAGGUAAAGGACCUGCGGGAGUACCUCCACCUGCACGAGGUCUCCACCCACACCUGCCGCGAGAAGGAGGAGCUGGUGGAGCUGGUGCUGGGGCAGCAGACACCCAGCGAGCAAGGGGAGGGGCCCGGGCUGACCACGCCCCCAGGCCCGCCCCAAACAACGCCCACCGCUGCCGCCGCCACCCCGCCCCAAUCCUCAACCGUGGAGCCCGACUCUCUACCACUCACUCCUGAGGAGGACCAGAUUCCGGCCGGGCAGGUGCCCUCAGACCAAGAGGACCGGGCCGACACAGAGGCGGAGCCCCAGGUCCCAGGGGAGCAGGAGGUGGAGUCACAGUCCUCAGACACGGAGGAGGCCGCGCCCCCUGGCCGCCGCGCCUCACUGUCGGACCUGUCCUGCGUGGAGGACAUUGACGCGUUAAGCGUGCGGCAGCUGAAGGAGAUCCUGGCGCGGAACUUCGUGGACUACAAGGGCUGCUGCGAGAAGUGGGAGCUGAUGGAGCGUGUGACGCGGCUGUACAAUGAGCAGGGAGUCCUGCGCGGCCUGGUUUCAGACAUGGGAAGAGGCAAAGAGUCUAGCGCCCCCUCUGGCGUGGAGGAGAACCUGUGUAAGAUCUGCAUGGACUCGCCCAUCGACUGCGUUCUGCUGGAGUGCGGUCACAUGGUCACCUGCACCAAGUGCGGCAAGCGCAUGAGCGAGUGUCCCAUUUGCAGACAGUAUGUGGUGCGCGCGGUACACGUCUUCAGAUCCUGAGUGUGUGUGCGUGAGUGUAUGUUAAUGUGAGUGUGUGUGGGUGAGUGUGUUUGUGUGAGUGUGUGUGCGUGAGUGUGUGUUUGUGUGAGUGUGUGUGUGAGAGUGAGAGUGUAUGCAUGUGUGACUGCGUGAGUGUUUGUGUGUGUGCGUGAGUGUGUCUGAGGCGGAGAGUGACAGGCGUGGCCCCUCCCCCUGGCCUAAACUCCAUCCCCUGCCUCUCAGAUCUGCCCCCUCCCCCCCCCAAAAAAACUCAAAAUCCCCGCGCUCUCUGCUCUUUGGCCGGACUCUACAGGGCCGACAGGCAGGAAGAGCUUUCCACAAGAGGGAAUGUGAGGACUGGGACACUGCGGAAUGGCGGAUUGAGAAGAGACCGCUAAAACGGCGAGUGAUGAAAACUGCGUCAUCACUGCAGCCAGACACCACUGACUGCGCAGGGCAAACAACACUUCUGAUUGGUUCAGAUCCACCACUGGCUGCUGAAUGGUUCAGAUCCACCAAAAGUUCAGAACAUGUUUAGAACGUGCAUAACGGGUAUGUGAAGGGGUUUGGGAGGUUAGCAGGGGGGUGGGGACAGCAGUUUGGGGGGUUAUCAUUCUGCAGUAAACCCGCCCCCAGCUCACUCAGCAGCCUGUGAUGACCUCACCAUGUGGGCGGGACUGUCGCGCAGGGCGACGGCAGGCUGUGGGUGUGGCUACUCACAGAAUCCCUCUGCUGAGCGGAAACCCAACCAAAUACCUAUUAAUGCCAAUGCAUAUUAGAGACGUGUGAUGUCUGUGUGUGCCUGUAUGUGUGUGUGUGUGUGUGUCUGUUUGUGUGUGUGUCUGUUUGUGUGUGUGUGUGUAUGUGUGUGUGUUGUGAAGCCUACCGGUUUGCUCCGGUUGUUGAGAAUGUAUGUCAGUGUGAGGUAGGGUUGGAGGAUGUUUGUGCUGAAAGCACAGUACUGAUCUCUGUGAACCGCAUGUUUGUGCUGAAAGUGCAGUACUGAUCUCUGUGAACCGCAGCCGUGUCUGAGAUCAGGGACAGGACUCUGGAACAUUCUCUCGGUGGGGGACGGUAUGUAGCAGGGCCGUGUGUGAGCAGUCGGGCGAUGAAACGCAUUCCUGCGUUCUGCCAGCUUUGCACUAUAUAACAGCGAUGUUCACUCCGCGGUCCUGGUGUUUAGCGCGUAUCGCAGCCUCAUUCCAAAACGCAAGCACACCGCGUAGUGUGGUGUGUCCGGUAUUUCUACAGAUCACUUAGUUUCUGUUGAUUUGACAGACUGAAAUGAAACAUAACUGAGGCUAACCCUGGCUAGCCAUUAAAACUCCGCUGGCUUGCUGUGAGCAGGGAAAGGCGUCUUCGUGUGUUAGCGCAUUGUGCAUUAUAGCGUAGCAGGGGAACGUGUUGUAGCACGUUUAGCACAAAGCAGCGGCUCAAGCUAACAGGUUUGAAGGGCUGCUGCUGAACCCAUCAUUCAGUGGCAAUUUCAUUACUAAUAAUAAAUAAGACAUUAAUGAACACAUUUUAUGAUAAAUAAAAUAAUGUGUGCCUUAAAACCAGCGCCUUGCACAACGAGGCUACUGAAGGUGAUUUACCAGGCAUCGGGACCCCAAGGACUGUAGGGGGACCGAGGCCCUACCUGUACCUGUACCUAUACUAAUAAUCUGCUACUGUCCUAAAAAUCUGCAAAUUCAUUCCCACUCUGACUCCCUACAGCCAUUCGAAACAUCUAACUCCACCAGCAGAACCGAGAUGGUCACCGAUAAGGUGCCAGACACACACCGUAUAACUUUGGUGUUUAACACAAAAAACAUUUACUGUCAGUUAAACUAUGCAGUUUUUUUUUCUGAUUUCUACUUGUCUAAAAAAACAAAAAAAACUAAACAAUGCAAAUAAUUUAUUUUGGAUAAAAAUCUGGCAUUUAUAAUAUGAUAUGGUUUACUAAAUGGUUUUAGAUUCAUCUCAUGGGGGAUGAGAGAUCACCCUGUUCCUCUCAGGGAAAUGUAGGUGUUCAGGUGUACAGACGCAGAGAUGCACUGUAAUAUCGGACUCACAAACAUUCCCAUGGGCUCUGGGGUAAGCACCAUGUUUCAGUGGUGCGGUCAGCUGUCUCGCUUUUACUUUUAAAAAAAAUAAAGAAAUAAAAAGGUGAGGUGCUUCUGUCGAAUGUAUUUUAUCUUCAGAAUGUAUUUUUUUUAAUGGAUUGUGUGACUGAAAUGUCAUAGCUAACAAAGGCAACAAAAGCUUUAAAUUUGUCAGAGAAUUCUGGCCGAGUGAUUUACUUUAAAAGAGCAGAGAGUGAGAUAUUGUAAGUGCUUCAUAAGAGUGAGUGAACGUGAGCUUACGGGAUUUAUAAUUCAGAAAAAUGUUAAAUAAAAAAUAUAUAUCUUUU